AUGCCUGAAUCACCACCUCCAUCUGCUCCCGAGGAAGAUGGAUUGAUGAUGAAGUUGAUUGUUGAUUUGCCACCUUCAUAUGAUGAAGUCAUCUCCACAACCAGGAACGCUGAUAAUGAAGGAAUAAGACCUGAACCUCCAUCAAGACAUCGUCAUCAGUCAUCUCCUGGAAGCGAGACAAAUAAUAAUAUGAUUUUGCAAGCAAACUUGGUUGAGAGAUUAGUAAAAAAAGAUUCCAAAACUAUAAAAAGGCCAAUAAAUAAUUCAACUUUUAAAUAUUCAUCAUUGUCACCAUCUUCUUCUCAUUCCAAUAUUGAAUUACCUAUUCUACCAGCAAAAAAUGGAAAACCAAAUAGAAAAAAGUGUGUUUUUUCAAGGAGAAGUUACACACCAGUGCUAUUCGAUUAUGAUAUAACAAAAAAAGAUUAUAAACAUUUUAUUAGAGGAAUGAAUUUGAUAAUAAAAUUAGGAUUAAAGAGACUUACAAUAUCAGAAUCAAUUUGUCAUGAUCUUAAGAACAGUAGUAAUAAUAGUAGUGCUAGAGAGGAACAUAUCGAGAAAAUUACAGGGUAUAUUACAGAGUAUAUUGGUGUUUGGAAUAAAGACUUUUUUGAACCUAGAAAAAUCAAGAUUAAUCUUCGUGAAGAAAAAAAAGAAAAUUCUAUUGGGUAUUCUUUUAUAAUUAAAAGCAUUUAA